AUGCCAAGCUACAUCUAUGAUGCCGUAACCCCCUGCCCCUCGCGACAGGGGACUUCGGGACUCAAUCGAAGCAGCAUUAGGGGCUCGCUCGAUGGUCUGUGUGACACCAGCAUCACCAGUAGUGAUUCCACCGAAAACAUCGACUUUAUGACCGAAAUUAGACCAUCAGUGCUGACGGGCGUUAAGCCCAGGCGCAAAACUCGAUCGAACGCGUCCUUCCUGAUUCGCGACGAAUCCGAGGUAGACUCCGUGCAAGCUGCGCCUGGUUUGAGAAGGGCACCAAGUACCGCGACAACCAUCGCUUCGUCUCACAGAAAGUCCUUGCUUGCCCAGCCGGCUCAGAGGUUUCGUCCUAAGGUUAGCUUUGUUGCUAGCCCACAGAGAAAAUCACGGCCCAUAGGAGUCGUCACGUCAACGCAGCACAGAGAACGGGGCCAGGAAGAAAACAAUGAGCUUUUACUGCAGAUAAAUGGCGCGCGACAGAAGCCUCAGUCUGGGGAUGCACUCAAAAAAGCCGUUCGACGCAAUACGGUCUACAUACCUCCAGAUGAUACCACAGUUGCGAGCGUGUUCAUGGGUCUAUUCAGUCCCCAGAAAACCGAGAACGUUGAAAAUCUUCUUCGAGAGGACACACAGAUCAACAGCCUGGAGGCACAAAUUGCACGGAAACGACUGGCUAAACGGUCCCUCAACUCAGCGGUGCAGCGGGCGCCGUUGAAUCCCAGCACGAAAAUUGCCCAGGGGGCUAAUAUUCAUGUCGACCUGCCUGGCAAAAAUGGUGGGAAGGAGAAUAUACCACCUGGAUCAUUCUUCAUUGACAGUAAAAACCAACAAUCCUUGAAGACCAAAGAGCCCUGUGAACGCAACCAGGCUGUUGCUUCGAUUGGGAAUCGAACUCUCGGGACCAAAGCAGCCUCAAAGCCAGCGAACUCGGCGCUAGCUUCCAAGACAAGCAAUCGGAUUCAGCCCGAGACCAGAAAAUGCAUUUCCGAGACAGAGCCUAUCAAGAGACAUCCACUCGACAGCAGGAAACAGACAACAUGUUUCAACCACGAAGCCUUGCCAGCCAAAAGCGAUGAGGCUCCCAUAUCAACGCGGAAGACCAUGAUGGCGAAGUCCAGAACCCCACAGGUUCUGGAAGCGAAAGAGCUCGCAAAAAGUUCUUGUGUCAUCCCUGACAACAUCACGAAACCGGAAUUGUACGAGGAUGACUGGCUUGGGCACCAGGAGGUUCUAUUGAACCAGCUAAUGAAUGAGUUAUUGGACACCAGUAAUCACAACGCCGAUUGUAUCGAUGCCAGCAAACUCAGAAAUGAGCUGCUAACCCUAUACCAAUGUGCUCCUUUUAUGCAAUUGCAGAAACGGCUGAAGGCUUCAUUACUCUAUGGUGCUCUGAGCCUGCCAAAGGACGUGCUCAAUGAUGCCAGUAAAAUAUAUCGAGACUUGGGCUUAAAGCGGAAAUUCCUUGACUUUUGGAUCCAUACUUACGACUUGCAAACUCUCAGAGCAGCACUGGAAGUGAUUACUGGGAGAACGAUUCCAAAUUCGAAGCUGGCGGCGGGCAUCGGCGACAUUGGCGGAAAAAAGGCAAUGAAACGGAGAUUAGCAGGCUUCUUGGAUGUUUUCCUUUUGCAGAACCAGGAUAUGGAUCGACAUCCACAAGACCGGGGAGAAGAGGAUGGAGACAUCGCAGGACGUGCAUACCGUCGAACCUUUCUCCGGAGCAUCAUGAUCAUUGUACUUCUGGAUCAAGCAAAACGAUGCUCUGAGGUCUCUCUACCACAUCUCCUUUUCCACCCUUCGUCCUUGUACAAGUCCUCCAAUACUGUCUUGCAGGCACUGGGUCAAUUGCUAUUGCCAUCGUGUGGCGAUAUCAUCAAAGCGCUGUAUCAUCUUGACUGCCAGUUGUCGUAUGAGCAGCAACCCUUGGCGGAGUACCACUUUGGGAUCAACAAUAUUGCUGUGGACCUGCGCGAUGGAGUGCGAUUGGCACGGCUUGUCGAGUCGUUGGUUUCGAAGUCAGUCUCAGUUAGAGAGCUGGGGAAUCAGAGAUGGCCAUUGACUAGCAGGCUUAAGUUUCCCUGCAUGGGACGGGCAGUAAAGCUGUUUAAUGUGCAGAUCACCUUGGAUUCACUGUCUUCUAUGGACGAGACAAAAAAGCUUGUCCACAAUCUGCGCGCGGAAGACAUCGUGGACGGACAUCGUGAGAAGACUAUCGGGCUACUUUGGGGCCUCAUCAGCACUUGGGGUCUCGACAGGCUUUUGGAUAGUCAUGGAUUGCGGAGGGAAGUUCAUCGAUUGAAGGCGACCACUUCCCGAUUUGACAUUGAGGAUGUCGAAAAGUUGAUCUCAACUUCUUUGGACAUUUCAGGAGGCGAGAACGACAUAAAUAGAUCAUCGCUAAAACAAUGGGCUAGUACCCUAGCGGAGAACAAUGGGCUACACCUUGAGAACUUCAGCACAUGCUUUAGCGAUGGGAAAAUCUACGAGAGCAUUGUCAACGAGUACGAGGGGGAUAUGGUUGCCGAUGCUCAAUCCUUGUCAUCGACCCUGGAGUCUCGCCUUCAAGCUUUUGGCUGCAGUGCGCCGCUUGUAAGACUGAUAUGUCCAUCUGCUUCUGGUGCUCAUAUCCCCAAUGCCGACUUCACGAUUGGAGUCCUCGCCUUCCUCUGCUCUCGAAUAUUAUCUUCCAUCAAACGGGCAUGA